GUUUAGUUCAUUCAACUUAAUUAACACACUAACGUUCCUCCAAAGAUUCACCAAAACCAAAACCAAAACCAAAACAAAACCCCACACAACUCAAAAAACAAUUAAAAUCCUUAAUUCAUUUUCCAUAUAAUUUCUUUUUUAUUUUUGUUUAUUCACCUACUUCACUUUCUCUCUCUAAAAUCCCACAAACAAAAAACGCAGUUUCUCUCUCUCUCUCUCUCACUCACACUGUUCCUUCCUUCUAAAAUUGCUGAAUCUGAAACAAAACCCAUUUUCCAUCUCCUUGAUCUGCACCACUUUCACUCUUCUACACUUCAGAUUCUUCAUUUUUCAAGCCAUGAAGUUAACAAUGUGAGCUCAAGUUUUCAUCUUUUUUGCAAUGGUGGCUGCCAUUUCACAAAACCCAUUAACAACCUCUUCUUCAAGAACUUCCGACAAAGACAUCAUCAACAACAACAAUGGUGUCUUACCCAGAAAAAAAGGUAGACAAAUUUCUUCAAGGUAUAUGUCACCUUCACCUUCAACUUCAACAACAACAACAACAUCAUCGUCAACAACAACAACAACUACAACAACAACAACAUCUUCAUCUUCUUCUUCUAGAAGAUUUGCUUCACCCCUUUUGUCUCGUUCGACGAAUUCAUCAUCAACACCACUUGUUGCUCCUAAACGUUCUCAGUCGGUGGACCGUAGGAGACCUCGACCAACAACCCCAGUUCCUGAAGCAACAAAGCUUCUAGUAACUUCUACUAGGAGUUUGUCUGUUUCUUUUCAAGGUGAGGCUUUUUCACUUCCUAUUAGUAAGAGUAAAGCUAAAGCUGUUACGCCGGAGCGACGGAGGGUUACUCCAGUCGCCGGUAAAGGAGAUCAGGGUGAAAACUCGAGACCCUCAGAUCAACAUCGGUGGCCGGCUCGGUCGAGACAGCCGAAUCAUUUGUCGAGGAGUGUUGAUUGUAGUAGUGGUGGUGUUGGUGGUGGUGGUGGUGAUGGGGAGAAGAAGAAGGUUGUUGGAAAAGUUGUGCGUGCAUUGCAACAAUCAAUGGUUAUGGAGAGUGGUAGAAGAAGAGCUUCUUUUGAUGGAUUAGGUGGUUUGAGUUUGGAUUUAGGGAAAACUACUCAAUUGAGUAAUGAAUCUUCUUUGAAUUAUGAUGUUAAUGCUUCUGAUACUGAUAGUGUUUCAUCUGGUAGUAAUUCAGGAGUACAUGAUUCUUCUCUUGGGACUCUUAAGGUUCCGAGGGAAAAUCGUGGCAUUGUUGUUUCUUCAAAGUUUUGGCAGGAAACUAAUAGCCGGUUGCGUCGGUUACAGGAUCCUGGUUCACCUUUGUCAACUAGUCCUGCUUCAAGAAGUAGUGUUCCACCUAAGAAUUCUCAAUUGAAAAGGUAUAAUAGUGAUGGUCCUGUGUUAUCACCUCGAACAACGGCUUCUCCUAUAAGGGGAAAUGCACGGCCUGCUUCUCCGAGUAAACUUUGGGCAUCUGCUGCAUCGUCGCCAUCAAGGGGGUUUACUAGUCCUUCUAAGGUGAGAAGUGCGGUUGCUAGCUCUAUCAAUAGUAAUUCUGGUAAUUCGCCUUCGAUUCUUAGCUUCUCGGCUGAUGUGAGGAGAGGGAAGAUAGGGGAAGAUCGGAUAUUUGAUGCGCAUACUUUGAGGCUUCUUUAUAAUCGGUAUGUGCAGUGGCGGUUUGUCAAUGCUAGGGCUGAUGCUACAUUCAUGGUGCAGAAAUUGAAUGCAGAGAGACAUUUGUGGAAUGCAUGGGUAACAAUCUCAGAGCUUCGGCAUUCCGUCAUACUUAAAAGAAUCAAACUGUUAUUGCUGAGGCAAAAGUUGAAGCUCACUUCUAUUCUAAAGGGACAGAUUUCGUAUUUGGAAGAAUGGUCCCUUCUAGAUAGAGAUCACUCCAGUUCUUUACUUGGAGCAACUGAAGCUUUGAAGGCCAGUACCCUCCGUCUUCCAGUUGUUAAAGCAACAGCCGAUGUACCAAAUCUGAAGGAUGCUUUGGGAUCCGCAGUUGAUGUGAUGCAAGCAAUGGCAUCGUCAAUAUAUUCUCUUUCGUCAAAGCAGGUGGAAGAAACUAAUUGCUUGGUAGCGGAAAUCCUAAAGGUAACUUCAAAGGAAAGAUAUUUGCUUCAGCAAUGCAAGGAUUUUUUGUCUUCCUUAGCAGCCAUGCAGGUCAAGGAUUGUAGCUUAAGAACACAUAUGUUACAACUUUCUCGUGUACCAGCAGCUUCCUGACAACACGUGUGUAGAACUGAUCUUAUUUGACCGCUCACUCUUAAUGCUAACACCACUCCCAAGCCUUUUUAUUUAACACAGAAGGUAAUAAGAAUGGAAUGGAGUCAAUAGCUGGUUUUUGUUUGCUGUUUCUGAAACCUGUUUGUGGUCUUGAAUGUCUUGUGUGUAGUGUAUCGAUGUGUCCGAAAUUUUACAGUUUACAAAAGGAAACAAAAAAAAGUGGCUUUUUCUCUUCUCACUAGAUAGCUAGAUUAAUUAAGAUGUAUACAAAAUACCUUUGUCAUUUGAGGAAAAGCUGAGUGUCUGUAUGUCUGUGUAUAUAUCAAUAUGUAAUCAACUAAUUAUUGUUUAGUAGGUGUUAAUUUGUGGCCUAGAUUUUCUUCAUUUGAA